AUACCAGCAUAUUAUAUCUACACACUUGUAAUGUAGAGUACAUGUUUAUUGUACCUAUACAUAGUCGUGAUGUAGAGUACAUUUAUCUACACACUUGUAAUGUAAAGAACAUUUAUCUACACACUUGUAAUGUAGAGUACAUGUUUAUUGUACCUAUACAUAUUCGUGAUGUAGAGUACAUUUAUCUACACACUUGUAUUGUAGAGUACAUUUAUCUACAUACUUGUAAUGUAGAGUACAUUUAUCUACACACUUGUAAUGUAGAGUACAUGUUUAUUGUACCUAUACAUAGUCGUGAUGUAGAGUACUUUUAUCUACACGCUUGUAAUGUAGAGUACAUUUAUCUACACACUUAUAAUGUAGAGUACAUUUAUCUACACACUUGUAAUGUAGAGUACUUUUAUCUACACACUUGUAAUGUAGAGUACAUUUAUCUACACACUUAUAAUGUAGAGUACAUUUAUCUACACACUUGUAAUGUAGAGUACAUUUAUCUACACACUUAUAAUGUAGAGUACAUUUAUCUACAUACUUGUAAUGUAGAGUACUUUUAUCUACACACUUGUAAUGUAGAGUACAUUUAUCUACACACUUGUAAUGUAGAGUACAUUUAUCUACAUACUUGUAAUGUAGAGUACUUUUAUCUACACACUUGUAUUGUAGAGUACAUUUACCUACAUACUUGUAAUGUAGAGUACUUUUAUCUACACACUUGUAAUGUAGAGUACAUUUAUCUACACACUUGUAAUGUAGAGUACAUUUAUCUACACACUUGUAAUGUAGAGUACAUUUAUCUACACACUUGUAAUGUAGAGUACUUUUAUCUACACGCUUGUAAUGUAGAGUACAUUUAUCUACACACUUGUAAUGUAGAGUACAUUUAUCUACACACUUGUAAUGUAGAGCACAUUUAUCCAUACACAUGUAAAGUAUGUGUUUCUACACACUUGUAAUGUAGUGUGUGUUUCUACACACUUGUAAUGUAGUGUGUGUUUCUACACACUUGUAAUGUAGUGUACAUGUAUGUGUUUCUACAGACUUGUAAUGUAGUGUAUGUGUUUCUACACAC